AUGGCCGAUGCGACCUCCGGUGUCACCGCCGACUUGCUGAAGAGCAAGCUCUUUGACCAGCUCCAGGCGCAACACGUGGAGAUUGAAGAUCUGUCGGGUGGCUGUGGCCAGGCUUUCCAGGCGGUCAUUGUCUCUCCCCAGUUCGAUAAGAAGACCAUGCUCGCCCGUCACCGCUUGGUAAACUCGGUCCUCAAGGCCGAGAUCGCUGCUAUCCAUGCUUGGACGCCCAAGUGCUACACCCCCGAGCAGUGGCAGGCUCUGCACCAGGGCUGA